CCCCCCCCCCACCUGUACUCUAACUACAACACUGGAAGGCACGGCUUCACCUCUCUUUCUCUCUCUCUCUUUAACUACAGCUGCCUACCUCUGACAGUACAUUUCUGUUCUAUUAAACAUUUUUCACCCAGUCAGCAGUUCCUGUAAAGGUACAGGGUCUUUAUUUUAGGGGGGAGGGGCGGAUUUUCAGUGACAAUGACUUUUGUAGAUAUUCUGUAUUAAGUCCUCCUCCAUUUCCUGAGGCCUUUAAAACACAACUGUUUUGCGUUUUUUGUUUGUUUUAGUGUAGUUUACAUGUAAUACAAGUCAUCCCUGGGGUGUAAUGAAAUGUAAAUGGGAAAAGAAACCCCCCCCCCCCAUGUGUGACUACUGAAUGAGCUGUUUACAAAGGAUCUGUACACUGCAUCCUAUUAGGAAUCAUGACAUGUGACAAGCUCAAUUAUGUGCCUAUAAGCUUUGAGUGAAGCGCAUUACGUGGAGGGAUCUCCCAUUUUAAGUGCUUUUUAAUCGUUUCAUGGGGGGGGGGGUAACUGGAUCGUAGUUAUUAUUUUUUUAUAGAAGAAAAGCCACAAACUGAGCCUCACAGGUUCAUAAUUAGCAGCUGGUUUUAAGCAGGAACAGUGAUAGCACCAAUGAAUUGAGAGAUGGGGAAGUGUCUUCCAGAUGCCCCAACUAUCUGACUUUUUUUUUUUAAAUACCAGACCUGCGUCAGAUUGUAAUUGCAAAAAUAUUUAAGUGUCAUGUUUUAAAUCCGGUUGUUGGAUCCGGUUGGCGGGGUUUUCGGCAUCGGGAUGACUAAAGCUUGACCUGUAAGGACGGGUACCUUUUGACAUUCACGAGCUCGUCCCGAGUGGCAAACUCCGCCCAUUCGGUUCUAAAAUAAUCACUUAAAACUCUCACUUUUGUUUUGCGGCUACUGCUUGACAUCGGUCUGAUGCACACACAGACAUCCUCUGAAUUCACCUUACUACCUCGCUGUCCCCCCUCCCCUCCCCCCCCAUCCUUUCUCCCGCUGUGGUUUUUAGUAGUUAAGUGACUUUUGCAUCUCACAGUGUAAUCUUUCUGUGUUGUAUAUACAAAUACAUACCAGUUGCAUCCUUUGUAGAAUUAUGUGGUUUGCGAAAUGUCUUGUUUGCCAUGUUUGAGACCGUAUUUUUUAGAGAAGUACUUUAAUUUUGCCUUUUAAUUUUAAUUUUUUUUUAUUAGGAAAAGACAAACAGAAUUAAAAAUCGGCAUGCUUUUUAUUGAGAAUAUGUAUACUAUAAUAAUUAUUAUAAUAAAGUGUUUGGCUCACUACUGUGGUAAAAGAAAGCAAAGGGUUUGGACAUUUCCCCUUCUUGUUGAUGUUGUUCUUCUCCACUAUCUGUUUCUCUCGUGUUAAAAUGACCACGCAGGUGUAGAUGCUGGCCCAGCUUUGCUUUCUUUGGUCAGGGUAAGUGCCGGUUGGUGCUCCUUUCUCUCUCCAGCCUCUCAAACUGGGUGCAAACCAAAAUUUCUCUGAAGAGGUUUGCACUUGACCAAACGCACAUCAGGAUUUAAUUCUGGCAAAGAAAAAGCUGGGAAUGGUCCUUUUUUUUGUUGUUUUUUUUAAUAGAUUUUUUUAUUUUUUUUUUACAUCAAGAAAGGACAUGAUAGAAACUGGCAUCAUGUUGAGAGCUGGGGAGAGGCACACAGAUAGAAUGGCCUGGGUGCAUUUUGAUCUGUGGAGCAGUCCUGUUUCUGGGGUUGAUGGGUGUGCGUCUGGUCUGGUCUCGUCUCUCCCUGCUGCACCAAAUUCUCCCCCCUUCCGUGUGUCUCUGUGUCCACUCAGGCCUGCAUGUGUGAUAAUCUGUAACUCUGCCGCAUAAAAGAAAAAAAAAAACUAAAUACCCCCGGCGACAGUCCAGCUCUGAACUAACUAUCUCAACUGAAUUAGGUCACCGGGCCACCUGGGACGGCCAGCGUGCAGCCGUGCGUGAGCGUGGCGGCGUGAGCCAUGGGGACGACUUUUAAGCGCGACGCCAACUCUCUCCUCACCACCCAAGCUGCGGGAUGAAGUCAAGAGGCCGUUGCCUUCUGUCCACCUGACAGACAAAGGAGAGGGAUGAAUAGAUGAGUUGAUUACAAGGUGAGUCGGUAGUGGAAGGAUCCUCUGUCCAAAGCUGCGCUCUAACCUCACCUUUCCUGAUCUUGGAGGACCCUGUUCUUGAUUGCCACGAUAGAUAGAAUCUCAUUCUGGUCCUUCUACAUUGACCAUAGUGUAUCCUGAUAAUGCAGCUUUGACUUUGAGGUGUCCAUUUCUUGGAUACACUUAACCUUUUUGUUUACUGAAAUGUAGAAACAUUUAUGACCCCAAGAUGUAAACAAAAAAAGAGGUCAUCUUAUUAUUAUUAUUAUUAUUAUUAUAGUCUGGAAAAUCAAUGCAACUCCAGGCCCAAUGUUUAGAACGAGGAGUAGAUAAAGAGUUGACUCCUUUCCACCCCGGCCUCCAUGAUCAGGGCGCUCCAGUGCUUUUCCUCCGGCCACCUCCAUCCUCCCCACUCUCCCAACGCCUCACUAAAGGCUUCUUCGGGUGCUUGCGAGUCGGGGGCUUCCAGUGCUUGGGUGAAUGCAGCCACGCAUCUCUUAAACCCCCCCCACCCCCCCAUCUCUGCUCUGCAGUCACACUGUACUGACAGCCACAGCUCGCUGCAGCCUCCUCCCUAUACUUCCACUUUCUCACCCACUCCCCCGCCGCUCCCCCACAUGCCUUCUGCGGUUUGGACAGCUGCAGAACCACAGGUUGCGCUUUAUGCAUCACAUCUCUGUACUGUGUUGUUGUGAUGGGACCCCACAGGUCACAUCUGUUCUCCUGCAGCAGGUAUCAGCUGGGAUGUGCGAGUGUGUGCAUCCGGAAACACACUGCAGUUCGGUUUGAGCACAAAGCCCAUAGACCACAUUGCACAUUGAUUCAGUAGCUUUUAGCCAAUUCUAGCUCUUCUAGCACAGAUGUGAAUCACAGGUAUCGGCCUCUAGUGCUGCUCAUCCGGUAGAGUCCUACGUCAGCCAUUACCUCCUCUACGGGGGAUUGACGCAACAUCAGCGCCUGUAGAAUUGAAUACAGUUCAACACAAUAUUCCUGCAUUUAUCAAGAAGCUCGAUGUUUUUCAUUCCGGUUGAUCGGUAUUGGAGUUGUCUGCUCUCGAUGCUGCAGUGUGCAGUGCAUGAAGGUGUAUUGGCUUGCACCACGUUCUAAGGUGUUCAUGUUAUUUUGUCCACCACUUUACGUGGCUGUUUUUAUCGCCACCGGAGGCCAAGUCUUGUCUUUGUUUUUUGUUUUUUUUUGUGGUCCAUAUUAUUAUCAAAACUCCCACAGUUAUGUUUACAGGGGUCAGCCCAUCCACUUCCCUCGGCUCAGUAGUGGCACAGUAACAUACAUGCCGGUAACCACAAAUAGUCACAGUAGCUAAGUUGCUUCAAGUAGGUUAAUGGACCAAGCCGAGUGUGGUUACUUUUAUAUGCCUGAUUAAUUAUGAUAUACAUCAUUCUAGUUUCCAAAGACCCAUCGAGGGUGACAGAAUAAUGUGUCACCCUCGAGAGGAUAGCAAUAUGAAUCUGCUCAUUUCAAGGAAAUCAGUUCCAGCACAAAGACAAAAUUGGUAUUUUAGUUGGAAGGAUUUUAGUGGAUGAAUGUUAGAUGAAAUCUUUGUGUCAACAUGUUUACUGUGAAUGAAAAAUCCUGAUAUAAACACAAAUUAUAUUGUACGGUUGUGAUAUGCAUAUAUAUGCCUUUUUGAUCUGUAUUUCUUAGUGUUUUAAGGCAUUUUUUUCAGUCUGCAUGCAAAUCAUGAAUAAAUUCUUUUUUUUUUCCUCAUAAAAGUGCCUGAAUCUCUUUUGUUCUAAUGCAAUUUAUGUAAUUGAACUAUGACAUUUGUAUUUAAUUAUCGGCCGGAGACAUUGUAGUAUAGUUUAUUAUAAACUGCUUUUACCUGCAGCCUGUGGAAUAAGAUGGUUUGUUUCAGUGUUUGACUAUUAUGUUGCUAGAAAUCCGUGUUCAGAGAGAGAGAGAGAGAGGGGGGGGGGGGGGGGUAAUGUUCUUUGGUCCUGUUUUCCGGGAGAGAUAGGCUGAAACUACAGAGACCCGGGUUUGCCAUUGAGGGUCACUAACAGCAACAGGUGCAUUGCACAGACCAUAAAAACCUCUCUGGCGCGAGGGGGGCGUAAUUGACAACCCUCCCAACCACUCGCAAGCCGGUUCACCCUGCCCGCAAGAGACCACCCCGCCUUUUCAACCUUUUUAGGGUCAGAACCUGAUACCCAUGCUGUCAGUUCCCAUACUUAUUGGGGUGCGGUCACGUAUGACACGUUUGACCAGCAAAGGAGCACCGGACCAGCAGGGUUUUUUGGUAGUGGGAGCUCACCUCCGCACAGGCACCUCGCACCAGUGGAGUCUGGUCUCAGCAGCCCCUAACGAUCUCUCCCCCCCGAACGCGAGACCCCACGUCUCAAGGUGGUUCUUGUCCUCACGGCAGCGUCUAUUGCUGAUUAUUUUUUUUUUCUUUCUGUAAGCUGAGGGGGACGUGAAGUCCUGACAGAGGCUGCAUCAUGACGACUGUCGAAACCCAUAUAACAUACAGCAACUCCUACACGAUCAACGAGGAAGAGCGGUACAUGACCCAAGAGGACGACUGGGACAGGGACCUGCUGCUGGACCCUGCGUGGGAGAAGCAGCAGAGAAAGACCUUCACAGCUUGGUGUAACUCCCACUUGAGGAAGGCCGGGACACAGAUUGAGAACAUUGAAGAAGAUUUUAGAAAUGGCCUCAAACUCAUGCUGCUGCUGGAGGUCAUAUCAGGCGAGAGGCUGCCCAAACCCGACAAAGGCAAGAUGCGUUUCCACAAGAUCGCCAACGUGAACAAAGCUCUGGACUUCAUCUGCAGCAAGGGGGUCAAGCUGGUGUCUAUCGGUGCUGAGGAAAUUGUUGACGGUAACGGGAAGAUGACCCUUGGUAUGAUCUGGACCAUCAUCCUGCGUUUUGCCAUCCAGGACAUCUCUGUGGAAGAGACCUCUGCUAAGGAGGGUCUGCUGCUGUGGUGCCAGAGGAAGACUGCCCCCUACAGGAACGUCAACGUGCAGAACUUCCACAUCAGUUGGAAGGACGGCCUGGCUCUGUGCGCCCUCAUCCACAGACACAGACCUGACCUCAUUGACUACUCCAAACUGAGAAAGGACGACCCUAUUGGUAACCUGAACACUGCCUUCGAGGUGGCUGAGAAGUUCCUGGACAUCCCCAAGAUGCUUGACGCUGAAGAUAUCGUGAACACACCCAAACCUGAUGAGAAGGCCAUCAUGACCUAUGUGUCCUGCUUCUACCACGCCUUUGCCGGCGCUGAGCAGGCUGAGACAGCUGCCAACCGUAUCUGCAAGGUUCUGGCCGUGAACCAGGAGAAUGAGAAGCUGAUGGAGGAGUACGAGAAGCUGGCCAGUGAGCUGCUGGAGUGGAUCCGCCGCACCACCCCCUGGCUGGAGAACCGCACGGCGGAGCAGACCAUGCGCGCCAUGCAGCAGAAGCUGGAGGACUUCCGGGACUACCGCCGCAUCCACAAACCGCCCCGUGUGCAGGAGAAGUGCCAACUGGAGAUCAACUUCAACACCCUGCAGACCAAGCUGAGGCUGAGCAACAGGCCCGCUUUCAUGCCGUCCGAGGGCAAGAUGGUGUCGGAUAUUGCCAAUGCCUGGAAGGGUCUGGAGCAGGUGGAGAAGGGCUACGAGGAGUGGCUGCUGGUCGAGAUCCGCCGCUUGGAGAGACUCGAUCACCUGGCUGAGAAGUUCAAGCAGAAGUGCUCUAUGCACGAGUCCUGGACCGGAGGUAAGGAGGAGCUGCUGUCAAAGAAGGACUACGAGUCGGCCUCUCUGAUGGAGAUCAGAGCCCUGAUGAGGAAGCACGAGGCUUUCGAGAGCGACCUCGCCGCCCACCAGGACAGAGUGGAGCAGAUCGCUGCCAUCGCCCAGGAGCUGAAUGAGCUGGACUACCACGAUGCUGCCACAGUCAACACCCGCUGCCAGGGCAUCUGUGACCAGUGGGACAACCUGGGCACCCUCACCCAGAAGAGGAGGGACGCUCUGGAGCGUGUGGAGAAGCUGUGGGAGACCAUCGACCAGCUUUACCUGGAGUUUGCCAAGAGGGCGGCGCCCUUCAACAACUGGAUGGACGGAGCCAUGGAGGACCUGCAGGACAUGUUCAUUGUCCACAGCAUCGAGGAGAUCCAGAGCCUGAUCACCGCUCACGACCAGUUCAAGGCCACUCUGCCCGAGGCCGACAAGGAGCGCAUGGCCACCAUGGGCAUCCACAACGAGAUCCUGAAGAUCGCCCAGACCUACGGCAUCAAGCUGUCCGGAAUCAACCCGUACACCAACCUCUCCUCCCAGGACAUCAGCACUAAGUGGGACACUGUGAAGCACCUUGUUCCCCUCAGAGACCAAAUGCUCCAGGAGGAGGUGGCCAGACAGCAAGCCAACGAGAGACUGAGGCGCCAGUUUGCCGCCCAGGCCAACAUCAUCGGACCCUGGAUUCAAACCAAGAUGGAGGAGAUCAGCCACGUGUGCGUGGACAUCGCCAACUCCCUGGAGGAACAGAUGAACAGCCUGAAGCAGUACGAGCAGAACAUCAUCAACUACAAAUCCAACAUCGACAAGCUGGAGGGAGACCACCAGCUCAGCCAGGAGUCCCUCAUCUUCGACAACAAGCACACCAACUACACCAUGGAGCACGUGCGUGUGGGCUGGGAGCAGCUGCUCACCACCAUCGCCAGAACCAUCAACGAGGUGGAGAACCAGAUCCUGACCCGCGACGCCAAGGGCAUCAGCCAGGAACAGCUCAACGAGUUCAGGGCCUCCUUCAACCACUUCGACAGGAAGAGAAACGGCAUGAUGGAUCCAGACGACUUCCGUGCCUGCCUCAUCUCGAUGGGUUACGAUCUGGGUGAGGUGGAGUUCGCUCGCAUCAUGACCCUGGUGGACCCCAACAACACGGGCGUUGUGACCUUCCAGGCCUUCAUCGACUUCAUGACUCGCGAGACCGCCGAGACCGACACUGCAGAACAGGUCAUGGCCUCCUUCAAGAUUCUGGCCUCAGACAAGAACUACAUCACAGUGGACGAGCUGCGCAGGGAGCUGCCACCCGACCAGGCCGAGUACUGCAUCAGCCGCAUGACCAGGUACACCGGAUCCGACAGUGCCACCGGCGCCCUGGACUACAUCUCCUUCUCCAGCGCCCUCUAUGGAGAGAGCGACUUAUAA